AUGCCAAAAGAACAUGUUAGCAUUGGGAAGCGCGCAGUUGUUUGUGCAGAUAUUGAAUUGAAAGGAGAUGUACAGAUUGGUCCAGGUACAAUUUUACAUCCUCAAUCCAAAGUUCUUGCUGAAACGGGUCCAAUUAUUAUUGGUAAAGAUAAUAUUAUUGAAGAAAGUGUAGUAAUUAUCAACAAAAAUUCAACACCAUUAAUUAUUGGAGACGAAAAUGUUUUUGAAGUUGGAUGUUAUGUAGAAGGAACAAAAAUUGGAAAUAAAAAUAUAAUUGAAGCAAAAGCAAGAGUAUUGGGUAAUACAUCAUUAGGUGAUAAUUGUGUUGUAGGAGCAGUGUGUUCUACCAAGCAAGAUGAAACAAUUCUAGAUAAUACUGUAAUAUAUGGGGAUCACCAUAACAGAAGAACACAGACUGCUGUUUCUAAUCAACAAAUUGGUCUACAUGCACGUCAUUUGGAAUAUCUUCGAGAGAUGCUACCUAAAUUUAAUCAUGUUAGGGUUGGUAAUACUGAACCUUCUCCAUCUGGUCAUUCAUCUGGUGGUGAAGAAAAUGUAAAUAUAAACACUUCUAACGAUAUUGUCAGCUCAGGUAUUGAACUGUUUUCAGAGAAAGAAAGUCUUACAGGUGAAAACAUCAAAGAAAAUUGGGAUUCUGAUAAAUCAAUCAAGCCUUAUACCAAACCAAGGUUUCCGACUCCAAAUGAUUUUCGUUGUGGAAUUAUUUCAAAUGUUGGUGGUUUUGCUAUAUUUGGAUUUAGCGUUCGAGUAUUCGCUUUAGCUUUACAAAAUAGACCUUUACUUGACAGACCAAUAACUCAUGUAAUGUCAGCAGUAGUAUUUGGCGGUGUUGGUGCUUAUGUUUAUCAUUUAGAACAAAGACAAUUGGAAUUGAUCGAGAAGCGUAAACAAGUUUUAUUGGAAAAUAGAAAACGAAGAGAAGAAUUUGAAUUGGUUAGAAGAAAAGGCUUACAACAACAUUAA